UCUCCGUGUGUUUAUCCGCUGCUAGUGCACUUGUUAAAUUAGCCCCUUAACCAACUCUGGGAACGGAUUUUGCAAUGAACUCUGCAUCCAAGGUGGGAGAAAUCUUUACCGCCGCCGGAGCGGCAUUCAACAGUUUGGGUGAACUAACGAUGCAGCUGCACCCAUCGUCGGAUUCGCCAACCGGGAGCAAGUGGACAGAUGAAGAAAUAGACAUGCUCCGUUCCGCAGUGACUCGAUUCAGUGAAGAUCUGAACAAAAUCAGCCAGCGCAUCAAAGGUCGAACGGUUUCCCAAAUACGCCACACACUGAAAAAGAAGGCUUUCGAAGAUGCCGGUCUGCCGGUGAGACAGCUGGCGACGCAACCAUCGGCCCCCCACACUCACCACCAUCUGCAGCAGCCGCACCAGAUAGUGGUGGCGUCCUCGGCGAUCAAUGCAUUCGAUGAACCAGCCCCACCGACUACCGUUCUCGGCGAUCCCAGCAUGGUGAUGGAUUCGGUCAUCAAAGAGGAUAAGAGUGAGCUGUCCAGUGGGCUGCUGUGCCAACCGUCGAUGCUCGAUUCAGCCUCGAUGACGCUGAAUCGGCUCAACACCCAGGAGCACGAGGCGGACGUGGAAGGGAUCACCGGCACGAGCGAAAUGAAGCUGGAGUUCGAAGCCGGCACGGAGGAAGUGGCCGGGUGAAACGAGGUGGACUACUUCUUCAGCGAACCUAAGGAGUAGCCCAGUGCCGGACCGGCGCUGCCGAUGCCGAUGUCAAAAACAAGCUGUAACACGACGAUCGAUCGACGGGAGGAUACGAUGGAACGAUAGCCAUACGAUUUACGAGACUCUCAACUACUAAUUGCUGUAGCGCAAUAGGAAUUCACUAAAUUAUGUUAACGAAUGUACAAAGCGAAGGGCAUUUGGCUUCCCAACUGUAAUCACAGAGGCCACCGUUUACGCCCUGCUACGAAAUA